GCCUUGCCUCCCCUCCUGACCAUUGGGAUCCCCCGCUUCCUGGAACUCUGAGCUGAGUGAUGUCAUAGAUGGAUUACCUUUCUAGGGCCGAGGAACUGGGAAUUUCAGGGACAUGGGGGAGGGAGACGGAUGCUUCUCUACCGCCCCAACCCCUCAUGUCUGUGGUGAAGUCCGUCGAAUUGGUGCUCCCCCAGGAUGCAAUCUACCUGGCCGGCUCCAGCAUAAAAGGGCAGGUGAUUUUAACCCUGAACAGCACCCUGGUGGACCCCACAGUCAAGGUGGAGCUUGUGGGAAGGGGUUACGUCGAGUGGACUGAAGAAGCUGGAGCAUCCCGAGAUUAUAGCAGGGAUGUCAUUUGCAACAACAAGGCAGACUACGUGCAUAAGACAAAGACAUUCCCAGUGGAGGAUAACUGGUUAAGUGCAGGCAGCCACACCUUUGAUUUCCAUUUCAACUUACCUCCCAGGCUUCCUUCCACCUUUGCCAGCAAAUUUGGCCACGUCUUCUACUUUGUACAAGCUUCCUGCAUGGGCCGGGAACUCAUUUUAGCCAAGAAGAAGAUGUACGUAAUGGUUCAAGGGUCUUCUGCCUUCCACAAAGAAACCACAUUCCAGAACCCCCUGGUUGUGGAGGCUGAGAAGAAAGUCUCCUACAACUGCUGCCGCCGGGGCACCAUCUGCUUGCAAAUCCGGAUGGAAAAGAACACCUUCACGCCGGGAGAGAAGGUCGUCUUCACGACAGAGAUCAACAACCAGACCAGCAAAUGCAUCAAGACGGUCAUCUUCGCCCUGUAUGCCCAUGUGCAGCACGAGGGCUUCACGCCCGGCGCGGAGCGGCGGUCUCGGCUGGACAGCAGCGAGCUUCUGCGGCAGGAGGCCGGCACCCCCAUGUCCCGCUUCAACACCACCAAGAUCGUCAGCACCUUCAAGCUGCCGCCGUUGCUGCCCGUGAGCAGCGGCACACAGGAUGGUGACAUCAUGCACACUCGCUACGAGCUGGCUGUCACCGUGCACCUGCCCUGGUCCCUGGCCAGCCUCAAGGCCAAGGUUCCCAUCAUCAUCACCAGCGCCUCGGUGGACUCUGACAGCGGCCAGCCGCCAGAGGACGAAGUGUCACCUGUGAGCCCAGAUCACCAGAAUUAAGCACCCAAACUUUUAAAUAUUAAAAAAGAAAAAUAGCUUUAUCAGUGUCUACCGGGAGGAAGCCCUCUGUCUUACACAGGUGACUCCCAGAUGAGUCAUGGCAUGGGCAACACGUGGUCAGCCACCUCCCCAAACUCUAGCAGUUUAU